GCUGCUGCCCUGGAUGCUCGCUCCCUCGCGUCGCCGUCGGUAGCUGCUGCCCAUCGCUUGCCAGUGCCUCCCCGCGCCAUUAUUAGCCGCCCUGCUCAGCAGCACCGUCGCCCGCCGCGCCGUAGCCUGCCGCGCGUCGAGAGGCAUCGACCGCCGUCCACAAUGCCCAGCUCCAUUCCACCAUGCCGCGCGCCGAGAGGCGUCGGCCUGCGCCGGUGACCCUGGCUUCGCGCCUCAGCGCGGCGGCCCCUGCAGGGGCCGCACGGCACGGCCGCAUAGCACCCCUGCCCCGGAGUGACCGAGACACGGAGUCCCCAGUCUCGUACAGUCUCGCAGCAAGUCAAGUCAACGAUUCACACGGGCAUUAUUGGAAGAGUUACAGUUGCUUCUGCGGAUCAGCUUCUCCCAUCCUCCCCCAAAACCUACAGCCCUUCGUCUCCCACUCACAUCUCCAGGCUGUGUCCGAUCACCAGUAAGAGGAGCUCCCCUGCUUAUUGUCUCAGAAACAGAGCAGCAUUGCUUCAGUUGGGAAUGAAGGGAGAUUCCAGCAGACAAAGUAGCUUAAAGGACAACUCACAAGUAUCAAGUGCAUUUCCAAGGGAGCCAAAGCUAGAAUUCCUAAAGAGCAUCACAAAAGAUUUCUCAAGUGAACGAGAGGUUGGACAUGGUGCAUUUGGAGUGGUUUAUAAGGGCAUACUUCAGAGUGGACAACUGGUUGCUGUGAAGAAGCUUGUGCGAAAAUCAGGAGUUCAUGAUAGACGUUUUCAGAAUGAGGCAGACAAUCUCCAGACUCUGGAACACAGAAAUAUAGUCAAGUUACUUGGUUCUUGUUACCAAGUAGAAAAGAAAUUGGUGGAGAGAAACGGCAGACAUUUUCUCUCAGAUGUUCCAGAAAAAUUCCUCUGCUAUGAAUAUUUGUCUAAUGGAAGCCUUGACAAAUACAUUUACGAUCAAUCUUCAGAAUUUGAUUGGCCCAUGCGCUUCAAAAUAAUCUUGGGGAUAUGCAAUGGGUUACAUUUUCUGCAUGAGGAGCGAAGUGAAGCCAUAGUUCACUUGAAUCUUAAACCUAGCAACAUAAUUUUGGGUGACGACAUGGUGCCGAAAAUUGCAGAUUUUGGACUUUCAAGGUUGUUUGGUGAAGAACAAACCAGAAUUCUCACCCAAAAUGUUGUGGGGUGGAUAGGAUACAUUGCCCCGGAAUACCAUUACAGAGGAGAAAUAUCAGUAAAGUCGGACAUAUUCAGUUUGGGUGUUCUUAUUCUUGAAAUAGUGACAGGACUGAAGAGGGACCUCAAUAUUCAAGACAUUUCUUCUAAGUUACUAAUUGAUAAUGUAUCUAAAAAUUGGACAAAAAUGUCGCAUAUAGAAUCAAAGUAUCCAUCACUGGAAGAACAACACAUGCUACAAGUAAAAAGAUGCAUUGAACUUGGUUUAAACUGCGUGGAGACAGAUCCAAGGAAAAGGCCUACUGUAGGUUCAAUAAUUUGUAAACUCAAAGAAAACAGUCAUGAAGCUAGCAUAUGCAAACUCAUGGAGAAGAAGCUGCAACUGAUAGCUGAAUUCCCAAGGGAACCAAAGCUACACUUUGUAGAGGAAAUCACAGGGAACUUUGCCAAUGAACGUGAAAUUGGUAAAGGUUCUUUUGGGGUAGUUUAUAAGGGAAUGCUUCCAAAUGGAGAAGUUGUUGCGGUAAAAAAGCUUUUGGUAGUUCCACAAAUCAAUCUGGAUAAGCAUUUUAAGAAUGAAGUAUUUAGUCUGAUUGAUCUCAAUCAUAGAAAUAUAGUGAAGCUAAUCGGGUAUUGUUAUGAAAUACAUAAGAAGCUGGUGGAAUCCCAUGGAAGAUAUGUUUUUGCAGACACACAAGAAAGGAUACUGUGCUAUGAGUAUUUGCCUAGGGGAAGCCUUGACAAGUACCUUUACGGUGCAUUUCAUGAGCUUAAUUGGAGCAUCAGCUUCAAAAUAAUACAGGGGAUUUGUCAGGGUUUACAGUUCUUACAUGAAUUGCAAAGACCCAUAAUUCACAUGGAUCUCAAACCUGGAAAUAUAUUGUUGGAUGAUAAUUUAAUGCCCAAAAUUGCUGAUUUUGGUUUGUCAAGGCUCUUUGGCGAAGAGCAAACACGUACACUCACUUCAAAUGUUGUGGGAUCAAGAGGGUACAUGGCUCCAGAGUAUUACUACAGAGGUGAAGUCUCAGCCAAAUCAGAUAUAUAUAGUCUGGGUAUCCUUAUAAUCGAGAUAGUAACAGGGUUAAAAGUCAAUCCUAACACUGAAGACUUGUCAUCCAAGAACCUUAUCGACAAUGUACAAAAAACUUGGACAAAAAUGCCACAAAUAGUUUCUAAGUACCCAACGUUGGAAGCGAGCAGCCUCCAACAAGUUAAAAGAUGCAUUGAUAUUGGGCUAAAUUGUGUUAGUGAAAAUCCAAAAGAAAGGCCUUCCAUAGGGAAAAUUAUGGAGCAGCUUAAUGGAAACGGCUUUCCAUCCAGCAGCUAGAUCUUGAUACUUGAACUGAAAAAAAUUCCUAGGAAGCAACAGUGAAGGGGAACAGAUAGAAAAGAUUUCAUGUCUACACUCCCUCUCUCAGUUGAGGCCUUUGAUCAGUUUCAGCAACUCAUUUUCAUUCUGGAUGACACUCACCUUCUUCAAGGCAAGGAUUAAUGGUCUUAUAUCUGGGGUUCCACUGAGUUUGCAUCAAGCAAAGCUUAUCUGCAUCUGAUGGGCACCAGGCAAAUAUCACCGGUUUAUACAUGGCUUUGGAAUUCCUAUUGCCAGCCAAAAUGGAAAGUUUUUUUUUCGCUAGUUUUAAAAGAUAGACUUAAUACAUGGGAACUUCUGAAAAGGAAAACUAUGGUGUUGGAAAAUUACAACCGUUUGCUUUGUCAUUCGGACACUGAGGAGUCUUUGCAUCACUUGUUCCUGCAUUGCCCUUUUGCUAUGUCGUGCUGGAAUGUGUUGGGUUUGGCACAUUUAAUACAAGGGAACAUUCUGGACAUGAUCUCCUUGUUCAAGACUCAGAUUCAGAGGCCAAUAUUUAUGGAGAUAAUAGUACUAGCAAUGUUGUGGGCAAUUUGGUAUACUAGAAUUGGUCUUUUUUUUGGGGAACGAAAUGAUGUCGUUUUCAGAAAUCUCCAGCACUCAGUGAUCUCUUGCAAAGUCACCUUCAGACAAGAAUUAGCUCGAGUUAAGCUUAGAGCUAAGGAGGAGGACAAACAACUGAUAGACCUAUGGCUAGACAGCUUUGUGUAAUUGAGAUAGUAACAGGCUUAAAAGUCUGGGUAUCCUUAUAAUUGAGAUAGUAACAGGGUUAAAAGUCGAUUCUAACACUGAAGAUUUAUCGUCUAAGAACCUUAUCGACAGUGUAUGGCCAACAUAUUUUGAAUUUUUAUCCUUA